CAUAUCCAUCCAAAUUCCCCAAUUCAAACCCUAAAAAAUUAUAUACUUUUUUCAAAAAAAAAAAAUGUCACAAAUCUACAGCAAUUUGGGAAUGGCGCUAAAAGCUCCACCACUACCAUCAUCACCACCAUCUUCAACCCAUCAAUUCCGCACCAGUUGCUUCUCUCUCUUCUUCCACUCUCCUCCACGACCCGAUUCCACCCAUCGCUCUUUUAUCCCUAAAGCUUCUUCCCAACCCGACCCAGAACCAGAAUCCGACUCAUUUGAUGACCGUCUAUCCCAAGUACGGCUCCGGUACAGAUCCGGAACCGGGAAAAAAGCUGAAAUCCGAAAGAUAAAGAAAGGAAAGCAAACAGAGGGGUCAGGUUCAUCCGGAAGUGGGGUAUUCUUACCUCCAGUUCCACUAAAAGAAGCGGUAUCGGGUGGGUUGAAGGUGGAUUUCGGAUUCAGCCCGUAUUCAGAACGGGUAAAUGGGAGACUUGCGGGUCUAGGGUUAGUGGGGUUAUUGGCAGUGGAAUUGGCGACGGGAAAAAGCGUGAUAAAUUAUCAUACACCAGCAAUAGUAUUUAUACAGGUAUAUUUUAUGGCAGCUGUAAGUGCUUUGUAUUUGAAGCGUGAGAAAGAGAAAAUCAGUGUUUGGCCUGAGACUAAACAAUGAAACUAAACAGCUUUAUUGUAAUUCUUCAAUUACAGAGUUUUUUGUGUUAAUAUCAGAUUGUCUGCUUAAGCUUAAUCUUGGUUGUAUUGGAAAUGGUUUUGUAUUUUUCUUUAUGAAGUUAAUAUUAAUUUAUUAAUAAAAUACUUAGGUUAGAUUAGCUAAGAA